AUGAAGAUGAAGAUGGGUCUGAGUCCAGAUUCUGCAAAGGUAAAGAAUUUUAAGGAUAAAUCAAAGGGCAAGAAAAAUAACAAAAAUCAAGGAAAUGAAAAGGACGGGGAGGAUAUUGGAUGUUGGUUUAAAUUCAGGUUGAUGGGAAGUUGCAUGCCUUCAAGAUCAAAAGUUGAUAGCUCUUUAAGUGGUAUCUCAACUCAUUAUGUGCAAAGUAAAGCUACAAAUGAGAAGAACAAAAACCAACCUACUGUUCCAGCAAUGUCUUCUACUACCACGACUAGCAAUGCAGAGAGUGCAUCCUCACUUCCAACGUUCAGUGAGGAAUUGAAGCUUGCUUCUCAGCUCCGGAAAUUUACAUUUAAUGACCUUAAAUUAGCAACUAGAAACUUUAGGCCUGAGAGUCUUCUUGGGGAGGGUGGGUUUGGGUGCGUCUUCAAAGGUUGGAUUGAAGAGAAUGGAACUGCUCCUGUGAAGCCUGGCACUGGGCUUACCGUUGCAGUGAAAACCCUCAACCAUGAUGGACUUCAGGGUCAUAAAGAGUGGCUUGCUGAAGUUAGUUUUCUUGGGAACCUUCUCCAUAAAAACUUAGUGAAAUUGGUUGGUUUCUGCAUUGAAGAUGAUCAAAGGUUGCUGGUAUAUGAGUUCAUGCCUAGAGGAAGUUUAGAGAAUCACCUCUUCAGAAAAGGGUCCUUGCCUCUUCCUUGGUCCAUCAGGAUGAAAAUUGCUCUUGGUGCUGCACAAGGUCUUGCUUUCCUUCAUGAGGAGGCUGACAGACCAGUAAUAUAUCGUGAUUUUAAAACAUCUAAUAUAUUAUUAGACGCGGACUACAAUGCCAAACUUUCUGAUUUUGGACUUGCCAAGGAUGCUCCUGAUGGAGGCAAAACCCAUGUCUCUACCAGAGUUAUGGGAACUUAUGGCUAUGCUGCCCCGGAAUAUGUGAUGACUGGACAUUUGACAUCAAAGAGUGACGUCUACAGCUUUGGAGUAGUUUUACUCGAAAUGCUCACUGGCAGAAGAUCCAUGGACAAAAAUCGACCAAAUGGGGAGCACAACCUUGUGGAAUGGGCAAGGCCACAUUUUGGGGACAAGAGAAGGUUCUACCGCUUAUUAGACCCUCGCCUUGAAGGCCAUUUCUCGAUCAAAGGAGCUCAGAAAGCUAUUCAGUUGUCUGCCCAGUGUCUUAGCCGUGAUCCCAAAGGCAGACCUCGGAUGAGUGAAGUUGUUGAAGCACUAAAGCCUUUACCAAACUUAAAGGAUAUGGCUAGCUCUUCAUAUUACUUUCAAACUAUGCAAGCAGAUCGAAACAAGUCAAACAUGAAUGCUAAAAAUGGCAUUAGAACACAGGCAGGAUUUGUAACAAGGAAUGGACAACCUUUGAGGAGCUUAAGUGAUGUGCGUGCUUCUCCAUAUAACCAGCCUCAGCAGUCACCAAAACCUAAAGGGAAAAGCUCAUAG